CCCUGAAGAAUUUUGUAGAACGGUUUACUGUACAUAGAAAACUGUUGAAUAGUGGAGUAUUUCUAAAUAAUUGAAAGAUAAAUCAUGAUCAGUGUGACACUUUUCUCGUUUGUUUAGUUUACAGGGGAUAUUUAAAAAAUGGUAUGGUCAGACAUACCACCCGAGUUUGGUAACUGUUUAUCAUUAGUUAUAUCAUUAUUAAGGUUGGAACACCGAAAAUUGAUUUACGGAAACAUUCCAAAUAUUCUUUAAUGGACAAUACAUUUAUAAAUAUAUAUAUCUUGUCAUUAUUUUUCAAUGAAUUAAAUGUCAAACACGGUUUCGGUUUGAAAUUAUAACCACGUACUUACUGUUAAUAGGUGUUCGUACCGGAAAAUCGCUAUGAAGUUACAGUCAAUGAAUUUCAUCCUUAAGGCAUUAAUCGCUUGCGCAACACUUUGGAUGAGUAUUCUGCUCGUUCUUUCUUUGUGUUGGCGUUCAAAGAGGACAGCGCAGCUGCACAAUAUAGAACCGCAGUAUUGCUUCCUGGAGGAAGGUUCUGUCAUAGGCGAGAGCAAAGCAACCUGGCUAAAAGAACUGAUAAUCAAAAAAGACAAGAAUACAAAGCGAAAAAACAACUGCGAUAAAGUCAGUGCAAUGCUCGAAAGAAGUGUUAAACAGAUGAUAGGAGAAAAGUACAACAGUGAUACAAACCCAGAGUAUGUUUCGCUCAGUCUUAAACAGUUUAAUUGCACAUAUUCGAAUAGAGAAGAAGCACAACUGCACCCGAAGCAAGUUACUUCUCAUGCUAAGCCAGUUCCAGGAAAAGCAACGUAAGUUUUCUGGAAGUCAGAUGUAAGUUCAGGGAAUGGAAUACAACAUUUACAGACAGAAGGCGCAAUUUAUGUACGCAAAUCAGGGAAGUAUUACAUAUCUUCUCAACUGACCACAAGAGCAGACAAUGCCACCGGUAUAGACGAAACAGAUCAGACGUUUUAUACAUUAUCUCGUACAACGAAGGCGGUGAACGAAUUCUCCUAGAACACGUAAAAUCCAUGUGCGAAAUGGCUGUUGGACAUGCAGGUUGGACAAGUCACAUAGGAGCUGUAUUUCAUCUUGAAGAACAUGAUCGAAUUUAUGUUGCUACUUCACGCCCCUACAACCUUAUGUCUGGUCCUGGAAGUAAUCAUUUUAGUAUUCAUAAAAUAUAAUGAAAAGGUCAUUAUAACAGUAGCUUGAUCUGGGAUGCUGUAUUCGGCUCGAGUGGAUUUUUGUAAAGUCGGAUAUCACGAGGCGCGCAAGCGCCGAGUGUGAUUCGACCAAGCAAAAUCUACGAGAGCCGAAUACAAAAUCCCAGAUCUAGCUACUGUUAUAAUGACCCUUUCAUUAUAUACUUUACCAUUUUGUGAGUUGUUAUUGAACGAAAUCUUUAAUGUUUAUCGAUAUUAAAAUGGAACUAUGUGAAGUUUUUAUGUGCGCUAUUUAUAGAAAUGUGCCAGGUCAUGCAUAUUAAUGAAAGUAGUCCGGCAGCAUACAAUAAGGAAGGUACAAUACGGAAUUUUAAAGGUACAGUACGGAUUUCUUUUCUGCCUGUUCAUAUUUAAUUGUGAAAUACAAGCCGAUUUUUACAGAAUUUAUAUAGGUAUAUAAUAAAACGUAAGAAUAAAAGGAGAUACAGUAUUCCUAUGAUCUUAUUGUUGAAACUAAUUAUGCAACUUCCAUGAAAGCUGCCUGAUAACACUUAUCUGAUGUCUUGUUAUUACCUCAAUGACCUGAUAACCAAAAAUAUUGGCCCCGCCCCUAUUGACGGAUUAGUUUUUAUAUCAGUUCCAUUCUAAAUGUAAUUUCAUUAUAGAGUCCAGUUUUAAUGUUGUAUGACUGUUUUUCUUACACAAGUAGUCACUUCCCUAACUCUGCCUGUCUUCAUUCUUAUCGCACGAUAUAGCUUUAGUUAAUUUUGGAUGCGUGGGUCAAGGUCAGUAUUAGAAUUACUAAAAAAGAAAAUGGUUUUCUCACAAUUGCUUCAGUUAGGAAUGGGUUAAGUAGACCAAACCUGGUAAAUUAUAACUAAAAAAAGGUAACUUUCAUACAGACAAAUGUUUUGCUUCAUUUUGGAAAGCUUAGGUCACAGUCAUUGUUACUAAAUAUAGGAAAAUAUUUUAUGAUUUUUGAGCGUUUUAUAAAUAACUGAUAUAUGAGACUGUUAAAUGUCAUACAUCAUCACCAAUAUAUGACAGGAGGUCUAUAACUCCAACUAAGAUACAUGCAUUAUGUCCCCGUUUUACUUUGAAUUUCAAGCGAAACUUUUUAGGCACGUUCACUUUAUCUUUGUUAUCAUGAAAUGGAUUUCAUUCCAACUUAGACUAGUUGUUCCAC